GGAGCGACGACAAAAUACAGACGCCCACCUCCUGCUGCUUGCACUCACUCGCCACAGAGCUUUUCAAAAUGGCGGCAGCUUCCUCCAUCCAGCCGCCGAGCGUGCACGCUCUAAACCAGGAAAAUACACCUUUCCCGGAUUCUGACAGCCCCGAAAGCCGGCAGGAUGAGGACACGACAUCCGAGUGGCCGAGCCUGCGAGUCUUGCCCGAUUUAGAGCCGGACGAGAUCGAGAGGAGGCUGGAAAAAACUCGCAGGGAGCUGAGCAACAGGAGGAAAAUCCUCAUUAAAAACCUGCCACAAGAUAUAACCAACCAGGAGGUCCAUGACAUUUUGAGGGAAUAUGAACUGAAGUACUGUUACGUGGACAGAAACAAAGGAACAGCCUUUGUGACGCUGCUGAAUGGAGACCAGGCCCAGGAUGCCAUCCGCUCCUUCCACCAGACCACCAUCCGGGGCAGGGAGAUCACGGUGCAGCUGCAGCCCACGGACUCGCUGCUGUGCGUCACCAACCUGCCGCACACCUUCACCGGCGCCCAGUUCGAGGAGCUGGUGCGCGCCUACGGCAACAUCGAGCGCUGCUUCCUGGCGUACAGCGAGCUGACGGGCCACUCCAAGGGCUACGGCUUUGUGGAGUACAUGAAGAAGGACUCCGCCUCCAGGGCCCGCUCGGAACUGCUGGGCAAGCCGCUGGGCGACCGCGCCCUCGUGGUGCAGUGGACCGACGUCAACCAGCUGACCGCCGACCACCUCCACUCCAAGUGCCUUUGUGUCGACAAGCUUCCCAUGGACUUCUGCGACACUGACGAACUUGCACACAUUUUCUCCGACAGGUACAAGCCGGUCUUCUGCCAGCUGGCCCAGGAUGAAGACAGCCAUGUGCGUGGCUUUGCCGUGGUGGAGUACGAGACGGCGGAGCAGGCGGAGGCCGUGCUGACGGAGAUGGACAGGCAGGUGAUCGGGGGCCAGGAGAUUCGGGUGUCCCUCUGCACCCCGGGGACCUCAGGGAGGAGCACCCUGGCCGCUUUGAUCGCCGCGCAGGGGGUGAUGUCGAGCAACAAGAAGGGUCUGCUGCCAGAGCCCAGCCUGGCCCAGCUGCUAAACAGCAUGAGUAACCCUGCAGCUCUGCAGGUGCUGAUGAGGCCAUACCUGGCCACCGGGGGCAAGCGAGGAGGCAAAUUUGGGAGGCCGCAGGGCUUACCCUUCCUCCGCCCCCCUCUGACUGCAGCUCUGCUUCAGCUGGGGAAGGUGCAGCAGAAUGCCCUGCUCGGGAACGGCCUGGUGCUUCAGAACCUCCUGCAGAUGCAGCUGGCCCAGCAGCAGCUCCUCCAAAUCAAGGACAAACACAUGAACAACGUGCCGAGCCUGCUGGGCGAUCCCUCCAGACUGCUGCUGCAGAAGGCCAUGGGUCUGCGGGCCGCGGCCCCCAUAGCCCUGGGCAAGGGGCUGCUGGGAGACUCCCCCGGCGAGCUGCCUCAGGACUCGCUGCAGGCGUCCGCCCAGGGCGCGGGCGCGUCCGCCGGGAUGAUGCCGUACCUGCCGGGCAGGCAGCACCUGGGCGCCGCGGCCGGCGGCGAGCAGAACGGUGCCCCCUCCGCCGACAAGCAGCCCGCGCCCCCGGGGACCUCGGCCGCCUCCCAGCCCAUGGCUCAGCCCAGCUUCCCCAUCAUGGGCGCCCUGCUGCCAGGAACAUCUCCCAAAGCACAGCAGAGCGAGAGCGCCACCCCGGGCAUGACUCAGAGUAGCAACCAGACCUCACUGCUGGGAGAACCGCCCAAAGAACUGAAGCUCCCCUCUAACCCCUACUUGAACCUGGCCAGUGUUCUCCCAGGCAUGGUCCUGCAAGCUCCUGCCAGCAGUAAAGGCCAGAGUGUGGCCUCUCACAGCGGGGUGUAUGGCAGUGUGCUGGCCCCUGUCUCCCAGCCGCCGGCGCAGCCCGCUGCUGCCCAGUACAGCUCUGAUACCUCCACUGACUACACACAGCAGUACAGCCAGCAGUACUCCCAGGAAGCCAUGCAGCAGUGGUACCAGCACUAUCAAGCACAGGGCUACAGUGGCGCCCCCCAGGAGAGCACGGCGAGCGAGUACGGGAAGGAGCAGGCGCAGAUAUCGGCCUUUGCGCAGGCCACUUCCAGCUCCUCUGAGACCUACUUCACCCAGGGAACUGCCACCACAUCCUACGGGGAUUACAGCACCUACAUGCAGGCUGUCAAUCAGUACUAUUCUCAGACACAAAUGUCUCAGGCAGCUGCCCAGGCCUAUCAGCACAGGGACGCAAGCAAGGAGGCCGACGUGACCAAGUCCUCCCUGGCCAGCGCCCUGCACCCGGCCAGCAACGGCAGCGCCCACAGCUUGCACCCAGGCGGCCUCCUACCCGGCUACAGCUCGCUGCCCGUCAUCCCGGGGUACAUAGGGGCGCAGCAGGCCACCGCCAGCUCCACGGCACACUCCCAGAGUGGGCAGGCCACCGCCGACUGGAACCAGUACUACUACAACCAGGCCCGGGGACAGAAGCGUGAGUACUCCCAGCUGCCCCUGCAGGACCCCGCCUCGGACGGGGCCUACGUGGGCCAGCACUCCCAGGGCCUGGGUGGUCAGUACGCAGACUAUUACAAAAAGAAGAGGAUCUAGGCCUCCGUUGCC